CUUAAAAAUAUGCUUUAAAUAGAAGCAGUGAACCCAAAGUCCUCAAUCAUUCAUGCAUGCAUUGCAGACUUAGCAAAUCUCUUGCACAGAAAAUGUCUAGUUCUUGGCUUUCCACUCUGUUUUUCCUUUUAGUAGUAAUCUUAGCUAGCAGUAAUGAGGCAUCGUGCAAACAAGAGAAAGGAGCUUGUGAAGGAACCAAAUAUCGUUUUCCAAACUCUCUAGAGCUGGAGAUGAAACAAACGGUUCAAACCGUUCAUGAGAUGGUUAUGGAUAUUAUACAGAGGGUUCGGAGUUCCGACGCUUUGAUGAAUAACCAAGUUGCAGCAAAUCAAACCGGCCUCAACAGUGGUGGUCUAAGUGUAGCUUUGAGUGAUUGUGUUAAACUUUAUGAAGACAGUGAGUUUCGACUUCGACGUUUGUCAGGAAAGUAUGGGAACAAUGACGAUGCGAGGACAUGGUUGAGCGGAGCCGUAACUAGUCACAGAACUUGCUUGGAUGGCCUUCAACAUUAUCAUGAGAUGAAUAUCAGUCGUAAUCUUGUACAAUCUGAUCUUGAAUUGGUUACUUCUCAUCAGAAUUUGACUUCCCUGUUUAGUAGGGCUUUGGCUUUGUAUGCAUUACGAAACGCCACGAAGAGUAAGUUGCUCCUCAAAAUUACUUGA